CUGAUUAGAGCCAGCACUGAGAGGCAGCGUUGCUCCUUCUCUCACACCAAUUGAGUCUCUUGAUCUGUUCCCUGCAAUCCAAGACCGCCUGCAAAGCCGCCCAGGACUUCCAAUACGACCACACUCUGCUCCUGCUUUCCCGAGCCUGAAAAAGUGUAGCCGUCUCCAGAGGAAUUUCCACUCUUCAGGACGGCGAUGAUGCCUCAGUGAUCUCCCUACUCCAAAACCAGGCCUCGCUUGACUUUCCUUCCAGGGAAGAUUGUUCACCUUGUGACCCUGCUGAGGAAAGAGACUCCGAUGGACUUACACCGGGCAGCCUUCAAGAUGGAAAACUCAUCCUAUCUUCCCAACCCGCUGGCAUCUCCGGCUCUGAUGGUCCUCGCCUCCACUGCUGAAGCCAGCCGGGACGCUUCCAUCCCCUGUCAGCAGCCAAGACCCUUUGGAGUCCCGGUAUCAGUGGAUAAGGACGUGCACAUCCCCUUUACUAAUGGCUCGUAUACUUUUGCCUCCAUGUAUCACCGGCAAGGUGGGGUGCCAGGAGCAUUCGCGAACCGUGACUUCCCCCCAUCCUUGCUACACCUCCACCCUCAGUUUGCACCCCCCAACUUGGACUGCACGCCAAUAAGUAUGUUGAACCACAGCGGCGUUGGGGCUUUCCGCCCCUUUGCCUCCACUGAAGACAGGGAGAGCUACCAGUCGGCCUUUACGCCGGCCAAACGCCUGAAAAACUGCCAUGACACUGACUCGCCCCACCUGCGCUUCUCGGAUGCUGAUGGCAAGGAGUAUGAGUUUGGAACCCAGCUCCCUUCCGGCUCCCCUGGCUCACUCAAAGUCGAUGACACAGGGAAAAAGAUCUUUGCCGUCUCUGGCCUCAUGUCUGACCGGGAGACCUCAUCCAGUCCUGAAGACCGAAAUGACAGAUAUAGAAGCGACAGCCAAAGAGGGCCACAAGCGUCUGCGACCACCACCCACCGUAUGGUUUUAACUCUGCCCCUCUGCAAAAAGAAAGCAACCUUGUUCGACAGCCAGGCCCCGAUCUGCCCCAUCUGCCAGGUCCUUCUGCGCCCCGGUGAGCUGCAGGAGCACAUGGAGCAGGAGCUGGAGAAACUCACUCAGCUGAACGUCAGUAAGAACUCCAUACUGAAGGAUUCCAUGGCACCUGGCACCCCCAAGUCAAUUUUGUUGUCAGCCUCAAUCAAGCGGGAAGGAGACUCUCGGACAGCAUCGCCUCACUCCUCAGAUGAUAUCCAUCACUCAGACAGAUACCAGACCUUCCUGAGAGUGAGAGCGAACAGGCAGACCAGGCUGAAUGCUCGGAUUGGGAAAAUGAAACGGAGGAAGCAAGACGAAGGGCAGGUAUGUCCCCUCUGCAGCCGGCCUCUGUCAGGACCCGAGGAGGAGAUGAGUAGACAUGUGGAACAAUGCCUUGCAAAGAGAGAAGGCUCGUGCAUGACUGAGGAUGACUCCGUGGACAUCGAGAACGAGAAUGGCAAUCGCUUCGAGGAAUACGAGUGGUGCGGGCAAAAGAGGAUACGUGCCACCACCCUCCUGGAGGGGGGAUUCCGAGGUUCCGGAUUCAUUAUGUGCAGUGGCAAGGAGAAUCCGGAUAGCGACGCUGAUCUCGACGUAGAUGGAGAUGACACGCUGGAAUAUGGGAAACCACAGUACACAGAGGCAGAUAUCAUCCCUUGCACCGGGGAAGAGCCAGGCGAAGCCAAAGAGCGGGAGGCACUCCGCGGUGCCGUCUUAAAUGGUGGCACGCCCAGUACCCGAAUAACGCCAGAGUUUUCCAAAUGGGCCAGCGAUGAAAUGCCCUCGACGAGUAACGGGGAGAGCAGUAAACAGGAGGCUCUGCAAAAGACCUGUAAGAACAGCGACAUCGAAAAAAUUACAGAAGACUCUGCAGUGACAACAUUUGAAGCGUUAAAGGCUCGUGUCCGGGAGUUAGAAAGGCAGCUUUCCCGUGGAGACCGCUAUAAAUGUCUCAUUUGCAUGGACUCUUACACAAUGCCCCUGACUUCCAUUCAGUGCUGGCAUGUGCACUGUGAAGAAUGCUGGCUGCGGACUCUGGGUGCUAAGAAGCUCUGCCCCCAGUGUAACACCAUCACGUCUCCCGGAGACCUCAGGCGCAUCUACUUAUGAAGGACACAGCUGGAGGGCGGGACACAGCUACCCGGAUCAGCUCAUCACACCGAGGGGGGAAAACGAUGACAAAAAAAGACGUUUUAAAACCAAUAGACUCCAGAUAUGGACUCAAGGAUAAAGGAGCCGCGGGGAAGCCUUGGCUUCCGUGUCUCUCGUUUUGGGACCUCCUUUGGCAACUCUACUGCGGGCAAGACCAAACCCUUUUUUAAAACCAGUGUUCCCCUCUCCCCAGAGCUGGCUUUGCAUUGCGGAUGGCUUGUGAGCCUUCCUUUGGACUGUGCUAUUCACGCCUCCAACCCCAGAUGACUGGGAAGGGACCCUUGACAGAAGGAGGUUAAAUAACCUGUAACUUGUGUUCUGUGUUCAGUUUGGUUGGUUGGGUUUUUUUGUUUGUUUUUUUGGGUUUGUUUUUUGUUUGGUUGGUUGGUUUUUUUUUUGGUGGUGUUCUAGUGAUUAAAAAAAGGUUUAAAGAAAAAACACACAGGCAGAAAAUGAAGCACAUGUAAUAUAGAUUAUAUAUGUUUACAAUGUUGUGUAUAAAUGGGAUAGACACAAACAUUACAUACUAAUAAGUUGCCCUUUUUUUUGGUUGUAUUUUUUUUAAAGAAGAAAAAAAUUGAGCAGAGAACAUUAAACCCAUAUUUUUCUUGGUUCUGCAAAGUUUUGGCAUUAAAGUCAUUAGUUUAAAAAAAGUAUAUAUCUACAUAUCUAUAAUGUAAAUGGUUUAAUGUUCUGUGAUGUAUAUUUCCUCAGUCAGAUAUGAAGUUAACAGCUUUUUAGUAAUGGCUGUAGCAUCACCCAUAACUUACAAGACUUAUGGGGAGUAGGGGAGAUGGGUUUUGUCAUUAGUCGUAGCUGAUGGGGCUGUUUCGAAUAGAAUCGUUAUCCCACAGAAAGCCAGCGGCGUUUAGUUUCUCAUUGGGAAGCGGGGGGCGGUUGGAAAGGUCUGGCUCAGGUGCUUUCACCUCUUUUCCAUCUGGGGCAGGGGCAGGAGUUGAGAUUAGCUAGGAGACAGGAAUGAACCCGGCCAAGUGCAGCUGUCUCCAGUGGCUGGGAAUCUGCACCCCAGGGCUACUGCACCCCAGGCUGCUUCAGUUAACCCAGCCAUUGCCCACGAAAACCAAAGGCCAUGCCCCUGUCCAAGCAAAAAUGUGCAACUGGCUUGUUUUGUUCCCACUGGAAAGGAAUUCACUGCCCAAUGGCCCAGGGUCUUCCCUCUGCUCCAGCGCAUCUCCUCCGCCCACAGGAGAGGUGGGGCCAUGGCACAGGCUCAGAGCCAAGGCUUCCGUCUGUGCUCUCCCUUCUGGCUGAGACCAUUACGGGCUGAGUAGUGGGAGGUGACUACGGUACAAGGAAGGAAGACUCUUGCUAGAGGUGUUCUCUGGGGAGGCUGUUGUGCUGCCUUUUUUUACCAUCUCCGUCCAUCCUGCUGUCUUGUUCUACCGCUUUGUCAGUACUGGCUGGGAGAGGCGUCAGAAUUGCACUGACUUUCUGGUAUGAGCUCUUCGCUACAGUGGAAGGUUGCUUUAGAUCGCCAAUCUCUUCCAGAGCCUGCCUGGGCCGGAGUUCCUAGGACAUGGUGCACGUUCCUCCUCUUAAAACAAUGCAAAGUAACUUCCGCAUCUAAGUAAAGGGCGUCGCUAGGGCACCUCUCUCAGGCCACUGAGUUGGCAAGGAGAACCCAGCCUCACCGAACUGACUAAGAUGAGCAAAGAUUCAGAUACUUCCAAUCAGUGCCAGAGAUCCCCAAUGACCUUUUCCUGGGAGAUUUCUCCUAGCUUCUUCCACAGCAGCACCUACAGCAGCUCUCAGUUGUCCUUAGCUUCCAGGUCCACAGCCGCACACAACUGUCACCAGCUGAGGUUUGCCAUCUGCUCCCCUGUUUCCUUGGGAACAAAGAAAUGAAUAUGAUUUUACCUACCAAAAAGCAACGUACACCUCUCAAGCCAGUUGAGUUUUGCAAGGCUGCGUGAAUGUUGUUUAAAGUUUCUCACUGGUGGCUGUUGUUGCCAGGGUGUGGUGACCUUGCAGGACAGUAGCCCAGUGUUGAAAUGUGGGAGGAGGGAAGUUGGUGAAGUUAACCUUGUGUUGCUGUUCACCAGGCAGCACCCUCUCACUAGUUGUCUCGCUUCAUGAACCCAGGUGAGAGACCAGAAUAAGCUAGACACAGGAAUAUUGCACCUCAGGGGUCAUUUGAAGGCCUUUGGGAAGCCAAGGUAACUCCUACUUGCUGGAUUUCUUGGUGUUGGCCACCUGGCCACUAUAGGGUGUGCUGACAUCAAGAGAGUCUGCUACUUGGGAAUCUGGACUCCUCCCCAGCACUGCAAAGAUGGUUUGUGUUUUGCAGUAACAGAAUAUUUGGUGAGGCAGCUUUUCUCAGUGGUGAUAUUUCUAUCACAACUUCCCUGCCUGAGUGUGUGAUGUCUUCUCCUGGGAGCUGCCAUUUUGGCCAGUGUCUUGCUGUUUGAUUUCUAAAGGACCCUGUUGCACAAAAUAAAUCUGUCUCCUGAUGGAAUUGUAUCUCUUCCCUCCCCUCCCCCCACCAACAAAGAUGAUAUCACUUAACUCUGAGCUUCCUGGGUUCUUGCGCUCUCAAGGCAGCAACCUCUACCUACAGUACAGUUGCCCCUGUGAGUCUGUCCCGGGCGUCUGUGGCCAUUCCCUGGUAGCUGACAUGCUGCACACGUGUACCUUCUUGGGUGGUCUGGGAGAUGGAGAAGAAUCUGUGACUGCGAGAGAAAACUAUUCUAACAUUCCAAGUUUGGAAGUUUCUCCCCUGCGGAGACAGGCCUGUGAGAGCAGAGGGAAGGGCUGCAUGUGCAGUUAAGCCUUGGAACGCCAUUUGUUAUGCCGGGAAGUAGCCCUGCCUGUAGCACUUAAGCCCUGGGAAAGGCAGUCAGUAGGUUUGGUUUUUAAAUUGGAAUAAUAAACUCUGCAUGGGGGGGCCGCCUUGUCCAGCACUAGCUGCAGGUGCCCUUGGUACUAGAGCUGGGAUCUCUCUGUGAAUGGAAUUGGAGAAUGCACAGUGAUUUUUUUUUUUUUUAAAGGCAGUUGGGAAUGGGGAAGUGGGGAGGGCAGGUUCCCCAGUGCCCAAGCUCUGCCUUGCAAGGAGGCACUGAGAGCCAGGCUCUCUCUCGUGUGUUGUGGAGCAGCAAUGUGCUGUGUACGUAUCUGUAAAAUCAUAUGUAACCAGUAAUGUUUUGGUUUUUUUUUUUUAAUGUAAAGCCGUCCCUGUUUUUAAGAAGGGUGGGGAUCUGAGGGAAGAAUGGAGAGAGAAGAGUCUCGUUCUGGCCUUCUCAGGAGCCAGCCGCGUUUUGUAACCAAACGAUUGCUUUCUCCUCUUCCACAAUGAGCUUAAACAAAAAAAAAAAACAAAAAAAAAACAAAAAAAGAAAUUAACUCUUUGCCCAAAGAAUCCCAAUUGCACAAAGUGAUAUUCCAGUUGUGUCAAUGAUUGUGUGUCAAUGUAUAUUAUAUAAAAAGGUACUUGUCAUUCCCGUUUGUAAACUACAUUUGACAUUAAUUAAACAAGUAUAAAUCUU